AUGAAACAGUCUCAAAGCAUUGGAGUUUCUUUAUGUAAGCAAUCAGAUCAAGCAAAGAUGGAUUAUAGAAUUCGUUUGCAAGCUUCAAUUGAUUGCAUCAGACAUUGUGUGCGCCAAGGGCAAGCACUUCGUGGGCAUGAUGAAUCAGAAUCUUCAAAGAAUAGUGGAAAUUUUAUUGAAUUAUUGAAAUUUCAUGCUCGUGGUAGAGAGGAUGUGGAAAGUGUUGUGUUGAGAAAUGCUCCAAAAAACCUUCAGAUGACUUCCCCAGACAUUCAAAAGGAUAUUGUCCAUGCAAUUGCAAGUGAAGUGACCAAGCAAAUCAUAUGCGACAUUGGAGAUGAUGUUUUUUCCAUUUUGGUGGAUGAGGCUCGUAAUACAUCAAUCAAAGAGCAAAUGGCUAUUUGUGUUGCGCUAUGUAAAUGA